AUGCCAAAAUCAGUCGGUGACCACGAAAAAGGCAAAGUUCUCAACUUCGACCAUCUUACCUUUUGGGUGGCCAAUGCUAAAACGGCCUCCAGCUAUUUCGUAACGCGCUUUGGGUUCGAACCUUUAGCAGUGAGACAGUCAACUGAGGAGAGGCCGGUUCUUUCAUACGCUGUUAAACUCAACCAAAUAACAAUAAUAUUCGAAUCGCCAGUCACAGAAGGAGAAAUAUCAAAGGAUCUAACAGCCCAUGGAGACUUUGUUAAGGAUGUCGCUUUUGAGGUGUCCGAUUUGGAUGCGAUCGUGCGCAGAGCGGAGAGUGAGGGUGCGGAGAUAGUGAAAGACGUAACAGAAGAGGCUGAUAAGAAUGGAGUUGUUAGAUACGCAGUUUUGAGAACGUACGGUGACAAUACACACACACUGGUUGAUCGAUCGCAGUAUACUGGAAUACUGUUCCCGGGAUACGAAGAAGUUGAAGAUGAUCCGUUAAACAAGUUAUUACCAGCGACAAACCUGAGUUUCGUAGACCAUGUCGAAGGUAACAUGGCAGAUGGGACCCUCGAAGACUCCGUGUCUUGGUACGAGAGAAAUCUCAACAUGCAUAGAUUUUGGUGCGUGGAUUACAGUCACGAUUUGGUCCCAUACUCUUGCAUUAACUCCGCUUCUGUUAUCAACCAGACGGAGACAGUUCUUCUAUCCUUGAAUGAAGCGGCAAAGGGCAUUCGACCAACAAGCAAGGCUUCAGAGUUUGUCAAAGCUUUGGGAACGUCUGGAGUCGAACAUGUAGCACUGUACACAGACGACAUUGUAUCUACUAUGCGAAGCCUCAAAGCCCGUGGUGCUGACGUCAUAACAUGGCCACCGACCUACUACGACCUGAUAAAAGAGAAACUAAAUGACAGUUCUGUCAAUGUGGCAGAAACUAUCGAGGAGCUGAAAGAGCAAGAUAUCUUGAUCGACUUCGAUGAGAGGGGUUACAUGCUUCAGGCGUUUACCAAGCACCUGCAAGUUCGCCCGACUUUGUUCAUUGAGAUCAUACAGAGGAGGAAUCACAGGGGUUUCGGCGCUAUGAACUACAAAUGGGUGUUUGAAGCGAUAGAGCAUCUUGACAAGACAAAGAAGGAUAAUAAUUGAAAAACUGACGAUAGCUAAGAAAAU